AGUAACGUCCCACGAUAAGAUCGUUGUUUUCCUUCUCGAGUAAUCGAUAAGAGCCUAUGUAGCUUUCGACUUGUCGCGUUGGUAUUAACGUGAGAAUCAAAGGCAAAGAAAGAACUUACCUAGGAUCAUUGAGAUUCUACGAGGUGGUCUACGAUAAAGAAAGAAUUCGAUCGCGAUACUGGAUAUAUGUCGAACUUUUGAGGCGACACAUGUAGGCGACCGCCGGCGUAUUGAUUCGUAUAAAAAUUCGUAGAGGCGGUCCCUUUGUCGGCAAUCCUAUCGAAUGCAUUGCGCAUCCCCAUGCAUUUGUUAAUUGACCGACCGGUCACAUUUAUUUCCGGUUCGUCACGAGCGCGUUUUUCUGGUCUCGACGAACCUGGCUGGUUCAACGCCAGUAGGCGAGGUAGUCGAGGUUAUCGUUGCUACGGCUCACGUCUGUCAUUGUGUUACUCGAGUCGACUUAGCAUUGUUCUCGGCGAUCGAUGAAUCGCCACGUGAAUACUAGAGAGGCGCGCUAUAGCACCUCUGACGUUCUCGAUUUGCUCUGAAUAAAUAUUCGGAGAAACGAUUGCGUCGGUUCGUUGCGAAAGAAAAUCUACUCUAGCGCGCGUUAUACGAUGGAGAAGGAAAAGCUACCUCCUGACUUUAUCGCUGAGCUGUUUAGAACGCGUCGAUAACGAUAGGGACGCGCCAGAGAGCUCCUUUAGAGAAACCUUACGUUGGGAUUUUCGAAGCGAAAAAUUUUCGGUCUAAACGUUUUUCCACGUACUUGCGAGUCCAUAUCGAGCGCGCGAAGAACCGAUAAAGUCCUAAGAUUCGAGGAAGGAGUAAACAACGCCAUUUUUCCUCUUUCUCUCGUUCGUUGGACUUUGGUAUUUCUAAUAAAGUCUAGUAAAGCGGAUCGAUCACGCUGGAAAACAAGAUACACGUAUCGUCGGCAGCAACGAAACAACAAACAUUAGGCAGUUAUCGCGUUGUAACCCGAUAUUCUUGGACUUUUUGAAAAUUGAUCGUCCACGUCGAUGUGUAAGCUUUGAAAAGCCGAGCGCGUCGCGUCGAAAUUGCGUCUACGCACGCGCACGCGCACGCGGGAACAGAACGCAUGACAUUUCAAAAGUUUGAACCGCAUAGUUCGGCACGAAUUAUUAUGUUGAAAUAACUACAGUCGAAGCGAUCAACGGUCAUUACUUUUUAUCGCGAUAAUGAAAAAUUCCAAGUCAAGUGUGUGCGAAACGAAUGAGAACUCUCGAAGGAACAAACAAACAAACAAACAAACAAACAAACGAACGAUCAACAUUAACGAUCUUACGAUCGCGCGUCAUUAUCUAAUAGUCGUGUCUUAUCGUGUGUGUAUGUAUAUGUACAAUCGAGGUUCGUUCGAAAGAGCCUCCUCCACACUAACAUAGUAAAAUUAAAGCGCGUCGAACGAUAUUGUUUUCUUUCAAACUCUCUCCAUUUCGAUUAAGAAAAUAAAAUCGCUUUGUUUCGAUAAUUAGUUGAACAUUCGAAAGGUAAAGAAAAGGAAAGAAAACAAAAAAAAAAAAGAAAGAAAAAAAAAACACAAAAAAAAGCAAAACUCUUUAUCGCCAAAAGUUUCCGAUAGCGCGCGAUCUAUUAUGAAACUUCAUCGUGCCGCUUCGUUAUCGUACGCGAUAUUUGUUUUUCGAUCUCAAGAUAGGAGAACGUGCACGACGAAGUUAGGUUACUUUCGCGAGAAUUAGAAACGCGAUGCAAUCUUUAUCGUGACUCUCGAUAUCUGCCUUCGUGGAGGUUCGUAGAAAAAAGAAAGAUUAGCGUUGUUAGAUUAAAAGUCAAGUUCAAAGAUAGCGGGUUUGUGUUCCUCGGUCUAUCGACGGCCUAAGUUCAACGAUCGAUCGCCGUUUUUUGAAUCUUUUUUCGAAAAGGAAAAGGAUCGUCGUAAAGGAAACAUAAAGGAGCAAGACGAAGGAAAGGAAGAAAAAGAAAAGUUGGCGGAAUAGCAAUUGGAUGCAACGCUCGAGGAAUCCGAGAACCGACCGGAUGCAACGCCAGAAUGGGAAUGCGAGGCAACGCGCGAGCCGCAAGAGUCCGUUACUCGUAUCGGGUAUUUCCGAGAACACGACUAUAAACAAACAAACACACGGAGAGCGAGCGCGAGAAGGACGGAGACCGAGAGAGAGAGAGAGAGAGAGAGAGAAAAGAUAGAGGAAAGGGAGGUACGCAGAGUGCGCGCGCGUUCAUUCGCGCGUGCCCUACCUUCCAAGGCGAGAGAGCGCACUCUGUGAGCCCGAAGAUGGUAGGGGUGACAGGGAGUGGGGAGAGUGGCGCCGUCGCUUCGAGUAUCCCCGCCGGGGCGCCAACGCAUGCGCGCCAACCGAAAUUCCCCUCCUCCUUACCGCAACUAACCGUAUGGACUUUUUCCCCUCGAACGGUCAAAUUCGAACGCGAACUCGUCGCCGCGCCAAUAAACAAUUCCGAAUGUUUAUCCGUCCUCGUGAUAGUAAGCCGAUGUCAACGGGCGCGUAUCGUAUCGUUAUUCUUCCUUUUCCCUUUUCUUCCAUUCCCGAUUCAAUUUUUCUUGCCCUUUUUUUCCUACGUUCGACUUAAAAAAAGUCUUUUAAAGAGACUUUUCUUUCUUUACGUCGUUAGGAUCAACUAAGAGAAGGAGAAGGAAAGAGAAGACUCGAGGCGUAGUCCGUGCUUUCAUUGUAAUUUUCGCAUUUGACCACAGUGCGUGUGGCGAAUCAGGCGCUUACCGUUUCGCCACAGCCGGCAGUAACGGUGGAGGGGCCGGUAUCCAAAAUGUCUCCACCGACGAACGACGUGACCAACGGUGUAGUGGCGCCAGCAGCCACCUUGGCGCCCCGAGUUCCUACGAACCCUUCGCUUACCACCGUAAAUCCGCUCACGCACAAGCGCACUCCGAAGGAUUUCAUUUUUGUCAAGGUGAUCGGCGAGGGAAGCUUCUCCACCGUUUACCUCGCCAAGGAUAUCCAUACCAGCAAGGAGUACGCGAUAAAAGUGUGCGAAAAGCGUCACGUCAUCAAGGAGAAAAAGACCGAAUACGUGAAACGCGAGAAGGAGGUGUUGAACAUGCUCGCGACAGCGAAACACUCAUUCGUACGUUUGUUCUGCACCUUUCAAGACAUAGAAAGACUCUAUUUCGUCCUAUCGUACGCGAAAAACGGCGAGCUCUUACCUUAUAUCAAUAAGGUUGGCUCCUUUGACAUCGAAUGUACCAAGUUCUACUCGGCGGAGAUCCUACGUGGUCUCGAGUACCUUCACGGUCUUGGCAUCAUUCAUCGUGAUCUCAAGCCGGAGAACAUACUUUUGGACGAGAAGAUGCAUCUGCUAAUUACCGAUUUCGGCAGCGCUAAAAUCCUAAAAGAUCCGGAGACACCGCAAGUGAUGGGAUCUCCGGCGGAUGACGCUCAACAACAACAACAACAACAACAACAACAGCAGCAGCAGCAGCAGCAGCAACAGCAGCAGCCGCAGCCGCAACAGCAGAGUCGCAAGGAACGCAGAGGUUCCUUCGUCGGCACCGCGCAAUACGUCUCACCGGAAUUACUGACCGACAAAACGGCGAGCAGAGCGUCGGAUCUUUGGGCGCUCGGCUGCAUCGUCUACCAGAUGGUCGCCGGUUUGCCACCGUUCCGUUCGCGGAGCGAAUAUUUGAUAUUCCAAAAGAUCUUAAAGCUCGAGUACGAAAUACCCGAUGGCUUCUGCGAGUUGGCCAAAUCCCUCGUCAGUCGGCUUCUCGUGCUUGAACCGAAUGAAAGACUCGGCGCUCAGGACGAGCACGGCGCCGGUUAUCCCAGUAUUCGUGCUCAUCCAUUCUUCGAGGGUGUCGACUUUGAGACCCUGCACGAACAAACGCCACCGCCGAUUUAUCCCUAUUUGCCCGGCACCUCGGAGCACGAGGAACUCAGGUCGCAGUACAGAGUUCCGGAUCAUCUCGAGCCCGGGCUCGACGACAAGCAACUAACGAGACUUCUCGGGCUUGGCAUCGGCGAGGACGACGACGACGACGACGACGACGACGACGAAGACGAAGACGACGAACACGAGAACAACGCGGACAACAGUGCCGAACCUCCUAGUGGUAACGAGCCGAGCGAACGAGCCAUCGACAAACCCGCCCGACGUGCCGCUGUACUUGCCGCCGCUGCCACCGUUGCCGAAAGACAACCGAGAAAGACUAGGACCUCCGGCACCGAAAGCAACAUCGCCGAUCUCACGCCCGAGGAGAUCAGAAACCGAUUGGAGAAGCAACGAACGUCCAGUCAAUGGGACGUCUUCGUCGAGGGUAAUCUCAUCUUGAAGCAAGGCUUCGUCAACAAGAGAAAGGGCCUCUUCGCUAGACGGAGAAUGCUCUUGCUCACAACCGGACCUCACCUAUAUUACGUCGACUCUGUCAAUAUGGUGCUCAAGGGUGAGAUACCCUGGAGCCCUGAACUCAGGGUCGAGCCCAAGAACUUUAAGAUUUUCUUUGUCCAUACUCCAAACAGGACGUAUUAUCUCGAAGAUCCCGAAGGAUUCGCAUUAGAGUGGUGUAGAGCUAUCGAGGAGAUGCGAGUCCAUUGUUACGGCCUGCAGGAAUCUACCGCUUAAGAAGAAAGUUGUCCGAGAACAAUGACUACGACUUGAUCGUCCGAGAAGAUGACGAUAGAGAUUCGAUGAUUUCAUCCUUUCGAAUUUUCACAUUAUAUAGGAAAGAAUUUGUUAUAUGUGUGUAUGUGUGUGUAUACAUAUAUAUGUAUAUAUAUAUAUACAUAUAUAUGUAUACACACACACACACACACACACACACACAUAGGAAGACAUCGUAGGGACCGAUAGAUGUCGCUUCUACUUUAGAAAAGGUACUCUAGAUCGUUUGGUCGUUUCCCCCUUGAUUCUCGAGGGAUCUUCUUAAAGUUAGAUAAAUUAUCGUUGCAAGAGGCAGUGGCAAGCUGCUUCGAGACACUAAAGGUAGAGCGAAUUGUUUAGGGACAAGUACUUGUGAAGCCGUAUCGGUCGUUCAUCGAUGUAACGUGAAUGUGACGCGGCGUCGUGCGAAGCUUUAGGAAAAUUCUUUAUAAAGUGUUUAUAGUCGAAAUUUCUAGUUACGGUUAGAAGAGAAGUGACUCGAGGAAAAGCCGAAUGAGAGUGUAGAAUUAAGAGACGAUGUUUACAGCGGAUCGACGAAAUAGAAAAGGAAAAAUAUUGGGAGGAAUCUAGACACAGACCACCACCCCCUUUGCAGCUUUAAUAAUAUCGCUUACUUUUGUUACGUCAGCCGAGAAACAAUUGGUCGAACGUGCGUGCGACUCUUUUUCAUAUUCGAUCUUUUUAUUUAUUUUUUUUUUCUUUUUUUUUUCUUUUUUUUUCUUUUUCUUCUAAUUUUUUCGUCUCCCUAUGUACCUGUCUUGUAAAUAGAAAAGAACCAUUUCACUCGAAAAGCAAGGCAAAGUCUUUGCGAAGCGAGGAUGCAUGUUUAUGCAUCCUCAUUAUAUAUAUAUAUAUUUAGAAUUAAUAAUUAGCGUAAUUUGUAAGUACAAAACAGUGUGUGUUCUCGUCGCGUCAUCAUCGAUUCGCUUCUCCUCGGGUUUUUGCUCUCGUUCCGUUUUUUCGUCGCGACCAUUUUAUCGGGCCUUUGCGGAUUUUGAAGAAAAAGAGAAAAAAAGAUAAUAGACAAAAGGAAAAGAACAACGUCAAUUCGAAAACACAUAGAACAAAAAUCGUCUUGUACGUCGACGUAGAGCAGGGUGGGUUUGCGUCGAUAAAAGUUGGAGAGUGCACUGGUAAAAACGAUGAUUUUCUCCUACCGCGAAGAGGACACGAGAAAAAUCGAAUGCGAUCCUAUUUAGAUUAAGUAGAUAGUCUUGUUUUUUCGCUUAGCUUUAAGAAAAAAAUAGGUAACUGUAAUAUAUUUAGAGAAAGCGCACCGAAAUUCGCUCUUAUUCGCGUGCGCGAGUAUAACUUAUUUUCCUUCGCGUUAAGCCAAUCAUUAUCGUUAUCUCAUUAUUCGCUAUUAUUAUUAUUAUUAUUGCUAUUACUACUACUAUUAUUAUUAUUAUUAUUAUUACUACUACUAUUAUUACUAUUAUUAUUAUUAUUAUUAUUAUUAUUAUUAUUAUUAUUAUUAUUAUUAUUAUAUCGUCAUCAUUAUUAUCACUAUAAUUAUAUACCUUUUAAUAACUCUAGGAUGCAUUAUUAACGCUCUUGUUAACUACUACGUAGCUAUAUGUAUUAUAAUAUCACCGAUAUAAGUAUUGUUUCCUCGUAGAUUUAAAAAAGCGUAAUUUUUCGUUUAUUUAUUAUAGAAGAAGCGUAUUCGUCCUACGUUAUUUAUUUUUCUCUUAGUUCUUUUUUGUUUAUUUUUUUUUUGUUCCAUCUUUUCUUUCAUUCGGUUUUUCUUCUCUUCGUAUUUUUCAAAAUAAGAUUUAAGAAGUCUGUAUAGAUGUUACGCAUUAGUUGUAUUACCGCUACCACCACUGCGACUAUUACUACUAUUAAUGCUAUUACCAAUUAUCAUCGCUACUAUAACACCGCGUUGAAUAUUGUAUAUAAAUGUGUGUAUAUAUCUUUAUAUAUAUAUAUAUUAUUAUUAUUAUUAUUAUUAUUAUAUAUAUAUAUAUAUAUAUAUAUAUAUAUAUAUAUAUAUAUAUAUUCUCUCUAGUAAUUGCGUAUAUGUACACACAUAUAGAUAGUAGAAACAAUACGCAAGCGUGUAUAAACCCAUUACAACGUCAUUGUAAAGUUAGAAACUUUGUAAAUAUAUUUCCCGACGAUCGUCAAAUAGGAAUCGGGAUGAAUCGCCUCGUUUCUUUGGCUUAAAAUCGUACGACCAAAUUCCUUCAUACUGUAUAUUACAUAUUUGUACAUUAUCAUUAUCUAUACGCAUUGUAUAUAUAUAUAUACGCACACACACGCAUGUCAUGUGUAUAUAUAUAUAUAUAUAUAUAUAUAUAUAAAUAAUGUUAUUAUGAGCGAUAUUUAUGAGAAUGUGAAUAUAUAUAGUUAGUUAGAUAAUUUGUGUACAAAAGAAAUUCUUAGUCUUAGGAUACAAAAAUUAGGAUAGAAUUCGUUGACGCUACUCGCCGCGACGAGAAAGGCUCGAAAAUAAGGAAUUUGAUCGUACGUGCGUUUAUUCAGUCUUUUUUCGUUGUUGAAAAUUUCAAUGUUACAAUAGUGGGAGUGCGCGUAAUGGUCGACUUCCUCGUGAGCGCAGAUUUAAACAGGGUAUAUAAAAAUAGAGAGAACUGUGCGGAAAGCGAAAAGAACGGAUGUAAGGUCGAAUUUCGUGGAGCAGGGAGCCGUAGCUCGAUGUGUUCGAAAUAAUGGCGGUUCUUCUUUUAGAUCCGGCAUUGUCCUCGCGCCCAGUGGCUCUUUCCAAAGUGACCGCUUUUGGUGGGCUACGUACGGUGCGAGCGGACCAAGAAAAACGGAAAUUUCUUCGCACGAAUUUCUUCCAUCUACGCGUUCUUUUUUUAAUUUUCCGCCUUCUUCCCUCUUUCCUAGUUGCACGACUUUUUUCUUUCUCGCGAGGAUGUUUUCAUUUUUCCAUUUAUUUUUUCUUUUUCUUUAAGUCUUUAUCCUUUUGUGUCUGUGUGUGUGUGUGUGUGUGUGUGCGCGCGCGUGUGUGUGCGCGCGUGUGUAUGCGUAUGCGUACGUGUUCGUUCCAUUUUGACUUUAUUAUCGUGCUCUCUCACUCCUCUCUCUCUCUCUCUCUCUCUCCUACCGAUCGAUCUCCAUUCGAUCGGUCGAUCGAAACGAGGUAUUGUAGAUAUAUAUUAAACGUGAAAAUUGAGACAUUCGUGGCACAUACCAAAGCGCGAUAAUGCAGCUUUAUUUCGCACGCGUUCUUUACGCCAAGCCGCAUCUUGUUUUUCUACGUUUUAUGUAGACUUACUGCUGUAAAGUUGUAAUAGGCGUAAAGAAGAGCGUGUGUACGCGAGAAAAGAACGAGGUGGUUCGUUAGAUUAAUCGUACGUUAGGCGAAAAAUGUUUGGUGGAUCUUCGAAAUCGCAACUCGGAGAUCAUGGUAUUGAGAUUCCUAUGUGCUUCGAGCGGCGUCGUAUUCAGUUUUCCUUUUGUAUUAUAUAGUUCUAAUGAAAGAAAAUGUAUUCGCGAAUCGACGCGAAGCGAUGCCAGCUCGAAGACGCCUCUUAGCGCGCGACGAGUUCAAAGGAAAAUACAAAAAUCCUAGUUAAUUUAAUUAAUUUAUGUAUAAUACGCAUGUAUUAGUGCGUAUGUAGGAAGGAGACGAAUACUUAACAAAAAAAGAAACAAAAUCAGUGGUAUAAAUUCGUGUUCACGGAUCAUUUUUUCCGUGGGCCACGCAAGCAAUAACAGGCAAGGCCUUGCGAACAUUGAAAUGCCUACUGUUUCGAUGCGAUAGAAACGCUUCAAACUAUUCAUUGCAGUAUUACUAAAUGUAUACAGAUUUUAAGAUAAUACACGAUCGACAUUUUACACCGGGCCCCAACAUGCGUACUCGAUCACAUCUACACACACACACACACACAUAUUUUACAUGCACUUCAAACACAUACUCGUACACAGGAUAAGGAUAAAGACUGUAAAUAGUUAGCACGUAAUUGAUAUUAUAGGCGACGAAACCUAUUAACAUCAAAUUUAUUUAUAGUAAAUUUUCCGAAACAUA